UCCCAAGAACAUGCAGAGAGGCUCAGUCCGGUGAUCCAACACUCAGCUCCGGAAUGUACUGGAUCGAUCCUGAUGGCCAAGGAAUUGGCGAUAGCCCCAUCUAUGUCUACUGUGAUAUGGCUAAAGGAUCGACAUCUAUCCUCCACGAUAGCGAAUCGCCUAUAAACGUGGGACACUGCACCGAUCCUGGAUGUUACUCCAGGCCCGUGAAUUACAACGCCAGCGUUAAACAAAUGACGGCAUUGGCUCAACUCUCAAAUGAAUGUCAUCAGUCUAUUAAAUAUGACUGCAAUUUUGCCCCCUUCGAACUAAACGAGGUCGCCUUUGGUUGGUGGAAUGACAAGGACGGAAAUUCCAAAUAUUUCUGGUCGGGUGGCAACACCGACACUCACACCUGUCAAUGCGGAAUCGAUGCAAAUUGCGUUGAAACUUACAUCAAGUGUAACUGCGACGCUGCUGCACCAGUACAACUAUCCGAUGACGGCGUCAUCACUGACAAGAGCAUUUUACCUAUCACGCGGCUGAAUUUUGGACGAACGCAGCUGGACACUUCAUCCGGUGUACACACCCUAGGUCGAUUCGAAUGCACGGGUCAAGUGGUCGUUAACGGCAUGCCAACAUCAUGCGAGGAUCUGUGGAGGAUCGGACACACUAUGAGCGGAUUGUAUUCCGUGAUGGGAGCUGAAAUGGUCGAAAGUGUCUACUGCGACUUUAAUAAACUUCCUAGCGAUCCCGGUUUCGAAACGUGGAUUGGAUUUGCAGACGUCAAAUCAGCCCCGGCGUAUUUUUAUGCUCAGAGAAACUCAAGUUUUAAUCAAAAAAACAUUCCAGUUCCUUUCGAUAUAGCAAAAGUCAAUAUCGGAGGUGCCAUGGAUUUGCAAACGGGAAAAUUUACGGCACCUCGAUCGGGAACAUACUUUUUCUCCGUAUCGGGAUUGGCGGUUAUUCCAGCAUCUUCAACUGAAAUGGGUUUCUGGAUAGGUAUAUAUUUGAAUGGUAAUCAAAUCGGAUCAGGUUAUUCCGGCGAGGUAAGCACAGCAAGUCAAUACCAACCGUAUUCUCAGCAAUCAACACUUAAUUUGGAAGCGGGAGAUCAAGUUUGGGUACAGAUAUGGCAAAUGUCAGCAGGAGUCUUUCUAUUUGACAAUAAUGUUCAUUUCACACACUUUAAUGGCUGGCUCCUACAGGAAAAUAUUUCAAAUUCGUUGAAUGCUAUGCAAAUGAUACGACACGAUUUAUUUUAAAAUGCCGAUAUUUGUAAGAUGAAAUGCUAUCAGGUCCUUAAUCCCGACUUAGAUAUAAUAACUUUUUUAAUCUCUAGAUUUCUCCAUGAAAACAAUUAAAAAUUUAAAUUAAAACCUGUGUAAGAAAAGAAAUAAAUUUCGUUCAGUCAGUUUGGUCUGUAGUUUGUCGCUGAACGUCGAUUCAACCUAAAAAUAACUACGUUAUCAACGAGCUUCCUAUUCCCGGUUUUCUACACCACUAACUUCACUAACCAAAAAUGACAGAUUUAUGCUUGACCUAUUCUUAACCCAUUCCGCGCAUUGCAUUUUCCAUUUCUAUUCUUAAAGGCUGUUUUGAUCAUCGUGAGUUGGCGAAUACAAAAUAGGACAAAAGACGAUAAAAAA